UAAGUGUACGGCCAGACUGAAUUGCGGGCGGGCGUGAAGCGGGCGAUAAGCGAGCGAGCGAUUUUUUGCAAGGCGAUUUUUUGGCCAUACUGAAAAUAGAAAAUUGCAGAUUAAUUGUGUUCUGUCGCCAGUAAACAUGGCGCCCUUAUCAAAACUAAAAAGAAAUAUUUUAAUAGACAGUAACCCCUAUAUGAAGUGGAAAUUAUUUUUGGAGAAGUCUCGUAGAUAUGGAAUACAUCCUAUUAAUAAAAGGAGAAAAAGAUUUGGAGAAUUUCACCACCUAUACGUCGAAUUAAGAGAAUACCCGGAAAAAUUCUUUGAAUACUUAAGAAUGUCCAUAAGCACAUAUGCUUUUUUAUUAAGUAAGGUUAAUAGGAGGCUUACGAAAAUUACGACAAACUAUCGAUCUCCUAUAUCAGCAGAAGAAAGACUGGUAGUAACAUUAAGAUCUCUGAAUGGGCAACCUACAAGAUUUCAGCCAUGCGCUGACGCACUGGUCGUUUGGUAUCACUAUUUUGGUGGGCCUAGUAGCAUCUGA